AGCUCACUCAGCCUGUUCCUGCUGCUCUGCAGUGAUUUCCUGGUUGAAGGAAUAUUCGUUCUCACAAGUUUUUCCACAGAACGAUUAACUUUUCAAAUGAAGAGUCAUUUUCCAAGCAGUUUCUCUUAGUUCAAGAAAAGGAGCACGAAUGUGUUGUGAAGGCAGACUGUCCCUACAGCUGAACUGAUUUGGCACCAAAUUGUGUUCUCUCUCUUAAAGCAUUCAAGAAACUGCAAGGCAGCAGCCAUGCUCCCUUCCCAGAUCCUGGUACGUGCUGCAGUGCUUGCCCUGGCAGUCCUGCAGGCCCUGGCCUUGGACACCUUCAUUGCAGCCGUGUAUGAGCACGCCGUCAUCCUGCCACGCACUGUUGACAAGGCUUCUCCUGAUGAUGCUUUGGCCCUGAUGAACAGAAACAUGGAUGUUCUGGAAGGAGCUAUCAAGGAAGCAGCGCAGCAGGGUGCCCGCAUCAUUGUGACUCCCGAGGAUGGCAUUUAUGGCUGGGUUUUCACGAGGGACACCAUUUACCCCUACCUGGAGGAUAUUCCUGAUCCAGAGGUGAACUGGAUUCCCUGCACUGAUCCCACAAGAUUUGGUCGAGCACCAGUGCAGGAACGACUCAGCUGCAUGGCCAGGAACAACUCCAUCUAUGUAGUUGCAAAUAUCGGGGACAAGAAGCCAUGUAAUUCCAGUGAUCCCAAGUGCCCGAGUGACGGGCGCUACCAGUACAACACUGACGUUGUCUUUGACACAGAAGGGAAACUGGUGGCUCGUUACCACAAGUAUAAUCUGUUUAUGUCAGAAGCAAAUCAGUUUAAUUACCCAAAAGAGCCAGAAGUCAUCACCUUUGAGACUCCCUUUGGGAAGUUUGGCAUUUUCACUUGCUUUGACAUCCUUUUCUGGAAGCCCGCCGUGGUGCUGGUGAACGAGCUACAGGUGGACACGGUGCUUUUCCCAACAGCCUGGAUGAAUGUCUUGCCCUUUCUGACUGCUGUGGAGUUUCACUCUGCAUGGGCUAUGGGCAUGGGAGUCAACUUCCUAGCUUCCAAUACUCACAACACCACCAUGUCUAUGACAGGGAGCGGUAUUUAUGCACCAGAUGGAGCCAGAGCAUAUUACUACAAUAUGAAAACUGAGGAUGGGCAUCUCCUCAUUGCUGAACUGGAUUCACACCCUCGCCUUUCUACUGCCUUCCCUUCUGCUGUCAGCUGGAGCUCAUAUGCUUCAAAUGUAGGAAGCUGCUUACCAGAUGAAAAUGAUUUCAGCGGACUUAUCUUUCAUGAUCGGUUCACUUUCACUGAGCUCUCUAAGCCUGAGGGGAAUGUCACCGUUUGCCAGAAAGACCUCCGCUGCCACUUGAGCUAUAAGAUGGCAGAGAAACAAGAAGAUGAAGUUUAUGUGCUGGGUGCUUUCGAUGGGCUUCAUGUUGUUGAAGGACAGUACUAUCUGCAGAUAUGCACACUGCUCAAAUGUAAGAGCACGGACCUGAGCACGUGUGGGGAGCCAGUGGAAACUGCACAGACCAAAUUUGCCAUGUUCUCUCUCAGUGGCACAUUUGGCACUAACUACGUCUUUCCAGAAGUCUUGUACAGCGGUGUGCAGCUGGCCCCUGGGGAAUUUGAGGUACUGAAGGAUGGGCGUUUGAUAAGUAAGUCCACACCAACAAAACCAGUUGUCACUGUGACGCUUUUUGGACGGUGGUAUGAAAAGGAUUCUCUGAAACAAGAUCCACAACCGACUGCCUCCCUAUGAUGUUACCAUAACUGAAGCACAGGACAGUCCAUUGUGAAGACAGAGCAGGAAUUUCAGUCAACAUGUCAACUCUGAACCAAAGCCUGAUGCCUCUUUUUGUACACAGCUGCCUUUGAAUGAUCACUUCUCUGAAAUCUCUGUUGAAUAACUUGAGACUGAAAUCUUGGUAUAUUCUGCUUGCUAGCUCUGAACAAGAGUUUGUUAAGGGCUGCUGAUUGUACCGUAUGCAGUGCUGGAGAUGUCUGUAGCCACUAAUGAGGUCACCAAGUGCCUAGUUUCAUGUAACAGCUUCUUCCUCCCCUCUUCUCGAUUUCUUUCCGGUCACGUAAUGCUGGAGUAUGUGAAACAAGCCUUCUUUGCUGCUUCAUGAAAUUGCUGGGUGGUGCUGCCCUGCAAAUUCAUUUACUGUUGGGACUGGGAGAUCAGCUACUCCAUGAGAAGGGUCUGUUUAUGUCUUUGCUUCUUUUUCCUUAGUGACCUGUGCCUUGCUGCUGCUGCAGGACCCUUGUAACCUUCCUUCAGUGUAUCGCUCUGUCUCUCUUUGUGCAUCUCUCCCUAUGGCUAUGUCUUUUAAAAGGGUCAGGCGCCCCUGCUAGUCCCAAUACCUCUUUCUUUUUUCCUCAAACUAGGCACCAUUCCUGGUUCUUCGGUUAUGGAGAUGGUGAGAAGUCAGAAAUGCAAAUACUAUCCAGACUCCAACACUGAUUAUCAUUGAUGAGUGCUGUGUGAACCCUUACGCUUUUAAAUGCAAAUAAAUAUUCACAUGUGAUAUGA